GCGGCUGCAGCCUCGCUCUGGUCCCUGCGGCUGGCGGCCGAGUCGUGUGUCUCCUCCUCCGCCGCCGCCAUAUUGUCUGUGUGAGGAGAGGGGAGAGCGGCCGCCGCCGCUGCCGCUUCCAUCACAGUUUGAAGAAAACAGGUCUGAAACAAGGUCAUAUCCCAAGCUGCUUCUGAACACAUUGACUGCCAGAUCUCCAAACAUCAAGUCCACCUCCAUUCGCCAACCUGUCUGACAUGUCGGGACCAGUGCCAAGCAGGGCCAGAGUUUAUACAGAUGUCAAUACGCACAGACCCCGAGAGUACUGGGACUAUGAGUCGCACGUGGUGGAGUGGGGUAAUCAAGAUGACUACCAGCUCGUUCGAAAAUUAGGCCGGGGUAAAUACAGUGAAGUGUUUGAAGCCAUCAAUAUCACAAAUAAUGAAAAAGUUGUUGUUAAAAUUCUCAAGCCAGUAAAGAAGAAGAAAAUCAAGCGUGAAAUAAAGAUUUUGGAGAAUUUACGAGGCGGCCCCAAUAUCAUCACACUGGCAGACAUUGUAAAAGACCCCGUGUCACGAACCCCUGCCUUGGUUUUUGAACACGUAAACAACACAGACUUCAAGCAAUUGUACCAGACGUUAACAGACUAUGAUAUUCGAUUUUACAUGUAUGAGAUUCUGAAGGCCCUGGAUUAUUGUCACAGCAUGGGAAUUAUGCACAGAGAUGUGAAGCCCCAUAAUGUCAUGAUUGAUCAUGAGCACAGAAAGCUACGACUAAUAGACUGGGGUUUGGCUGAGUUUUACCAUCCUGGCCAAGAAUACAAUGUCAGAGUUGCUUCCCGAUACUUCAAAGGUCCUGAGCUGCUUGUAGACUAUCAGAUGUAUGAUUAUAGUUUGGAUAUGUGGAGCUUGGGUUGUAUGCUGGCAAGUAUGAUCUUCCGGAAGGAGCCAUUUUUCCAUGGACAUGACAAUUACGAUCAGUUGGUGAGGAUAGCCAAGGUUCUGGGGACAGAAGAUUUAUAUGACUAUAUUGACAAAUACAACAUUGAAUUAGAUCCACGUUUCAAUGAUAUCUUGGGCAGACACUCCCGUAAGCGAUGGGAACGCUUUGUCCACAGUGAAAACCAGCACCUUGUCAGCCCUGAGGCCUUGGAUUUCUUAGACAAGCUGCUACGAUAUGACCACCAGUCUCGGCUCACCGCGAGAGAGGCCAUGGAGCACCCCUAUUUCUAUACUGUUGUGAAGGACCAGGCUCGAAUGGGCUCAUCUAGCAUGCCGGGGGGCAGUACGCCUGUCAGCAGCGCCAAUAUGAUGUCAGGGAUUUCUUCAGUGCCAACCCCUUCACCCCUUGGACCUCUGGCAGGCUCGCCAGUGAUUGCUGCCGCCAACCCCCUGGGGAUGCCUGUUCCAGCUGCCGCGGGCGCUCCGCAGUAGCGGCCCCUCCCGUCUCCUGAUGCCUGAGCAGAGGUGGGGGAGUCGCCGCCCUCCGCAAAGCAGCUUGCGCCUGGCGGGGAGGGGGAAGUACUUCAGAAGCACCGUGUCUGAACCGUUGCUUGUGGAUUUAUAGUAGUUCAGUCAUAAAAAAAUUAUAAUAGGCUGAUUUUCUUUUUUUUUCUUUUUUUUUUCCUUUUUUUUUUUAACUCGAACUUUUCAUAACUCAGGGGAUUCCCUGAAAAAUUAUCUGCAGGUGGAAUAUUUCACGGACAAAAUUUUCCCCCCUUUUAAAUUUAAUUUCUCAUCACUUAAGAACAAAGAUGAACCAGCCUCAAUCCCGGCUGCUUGCGUUUGGGUGGAGAUCUCUUCCCGUGUCCACCAUUGCUCCCCCACCACCCCACACUUUGGGGGAUUUCUAUCUCAUGCUCUUCUCCAGAGAUUACAAAAUUGUAGCUUCUUCAAGGGAGGUGGGAAAGAAGGAGGAAGAGAGGACCCAACCUACAAGAGCAUUGUGCUGCUGGUCACUUUUAUCGCUUUACUCCAAGUGCUUCAGUUGGGUUGUCCUGGUGAAUCCAGUGGAAACAUGUCAUAGUUUCAUUGAGAUGCUGAAAAUCUACCCAGAGUGCAGACAGGUCCUGAAAACUUCAGUCUGAAUCAUGUCUCAUUAACCUCACCCUAAAUCCAACUCACUUAGGCUUCUUGUUUCAGUUUAGUUUAAAAUUUUUAAUUCCCUUGGUCUCCUUACCUUGGGCCCCUUCCCCUUUCAUCUCCCCACAUGCUCUGUAGCUGGUGGGAGUGAGAGGCAAAAUCUUUUCUGGUUUUCUUUGACUCGGCCAUUUUGAAUUCAGUUAGUUACUGGGCUUAAUUUAUUGCUUUUUACAAAAGAAACAAACAUUGUCUAUGUAGGUUUCACGCUAGCAACUCUUCGGAGCUAAUGGAAGAUGUGGCCACACCGAGUUCGUUUUAAGCUUCCUACCUUCUUUUCUUCCUUUCUUCCCCUUCCUGCACAUGCCAUCCAGUGCGAAGACCUGCCCCUCAGUCUCGUAAAUGUACUGAGAGCGAGGAGCAGAGCCACUAUCUCCAGUGAAACUGAAAUGGUAGACCUGUAAUUGUGGGAAACUAUAAACUCUCUUGUUACAGCCCUGCCAUCCCUUGCUGUGUGUAUAUAUAUAAUACUUUGUCCUUCAUAUGUGAAAGAUCCAGUGUUGGAAUUCUUUGGUGUAAAUAAACGUUUGGUUUUAUUUAUCAAGGUUA